GCAGCAGCAUCAGUAAACGACCAGCUCUUGCGAGGUGCGCACACGCAACGCUCGCUGUCCACGAAACAACAUUACAGCAAGAAUCAAGUAAAAGCUCCGCAAAGCACCGCAGCAACAUGUAUCUGGAUACGAAAAACCUGACAACCAGCAGCACUUCAACGCUGACAGCGGGCACAGCAUCGAACUCAAAGUCAACACGGCGCAUGCGCAACGUGUGGAAGCCGCUGAGUCGCCUGCUGAAAGUGGGUGGCAAGGGUCGCACCGCACAGGCGACCUUGGCCCAUCCCAACAACGUGGAUCUCAACAAUACACAGCAGCAGCAACAGCAGCUGGAGUUGCUCAUUGAAGAUGACACCAAGUCAACGCCAGAGGAUUCUAUCCACAAGUACGGUCUGGAGCUGAGGCAAUUGCCCGAGGAGGAGCAAGAGUCCCUCACCCAGCCGCCCAACACACCCACAUUGAUUAGCAGCGUGCAUGUGGACAAGGUCAGCGCCCAGAGCUGCGGCAACUGCCAGCACGGACGCAACUGCCAGCACCGACAUCACAGCAGCAACAUCAACAGCAGCAGCAGCAACAUGAACAGCAGCAGUGCAACACAGUUGCCCAGUAAUCUCUGGGAUCUGCAGUUGCCCCUCCAGUACAUCAGCACGGACAAUGGCACCUUCUUCUGGGCCAACACUCAGGAUCGAGUGGACGAUGAUCUCCUGCACGCCUUGCUCUGCCAGAGCUUCAGUCAGCUGCCCGGAACGCUAUGCUAGUUGUACUCCACCCACAAUCACCUCAUCCCAUCACUGAAUAGAUCUCAUUCUCAUGGGGGUCGUACCCCCCUAAUUAUUGUAAUUUCAUUUAUUUAUAUCCCUGCGCAAUAUUUACGUUGUUAAUGUGAUACUAAUUUGCAUGUAAAAUAUAACAUAAACAAUCAUUUUGUACAAUACAGAUGAAAAGAACAAGAAAA